CCGCCCGUGUGCCGAAUGUGCGGCGUUCAAACGGCAGGGCGGCAGCGGCGGGCGGGAGGCGCCAUGGCGGCGGGGGCGCUGCCCGGGCUUGUGCCCGCCCAGACGCAGCUGGAGUACGGCCUGCUGGAUGCCGACAGCCCCCGCGACAAGGAGGCCUUGGUCUACGGCUACCUGCAGAAGGCCGACAGUCGGGAGCGGGACCUGACGGUGCCCGAGCUCGGCAGAGAUCUACAAUGGUUGAACACCGAAGGUCCUAUUUCUCUUCACAAAGACCUUUGUGGAAAAGUGGUGGUGUUGGAUUUCUUUACUUACUGCUGUAUCAAUUGCUUGCACCUGCUGCCUGAUCUCCACGAGUUAGAGCAGCAGUACUCUGAUAAAGAUGGCCUUGUUAUUAUUGGUGUCCAUUCAGCGAAAUUCCCGAAUGAGAAAGUCCUGGAUAACAUCAAGAGUGCGGUUCUGAGAUACAAUAUUGUCCACCCUGUAGUGAAUGAUGCCGAUGCCACGUUGUGGCAUGAGUUAGAAGUGUCCUGCUGGCCAACUCUUGUCAUUCUUGGCCCUCGUGGAAACAUGCUCUUUUCUCUUGUUGGAGAAGGCCACAAGGAGAAGUUGUUUUUGUUUACUUCUGUAGCACUGAAAUUCUACAAGGAGAGAGGACAAAUCAAGGACAACAAUAUUGGAAUAAAGCUAUACAGAGACUCCCUCCCACCUUCUCCCCUGCUGUUUCCUGGCAAAGUGACAGUAGAUAAAUCAGGAGAAAGGCUGGUAAUAGCAGACACUGGACAUCACAGGAUUUUGGUUACUCAGAAAAAUGGGCAGAUUCUGCACACUAUUGGAGGUCCAAACAGUGGAAGAAAAGAUGGAAGAUUUUCAGAGGCAUCUUUUAACUCACCACAAGGAAUUGCUAUAAAAAAUAAUGUUAUUUACGUAGCUGAUACAGAAAAUCAUCUAAUUAGAAAGAUUGAUCUGGAAUUAGAGAUUGUGACUACUGUAGCAGGCAUUGGGAUACAAGGUGUUGACAAGGAAGGUGGAGCAAAAGGAGAAGAGCAGCCUAUCAGCUCUCCGUGGGAUGUGGUUUUUGGCAAUUCAGUUUCAGAGACCCAGGAAGAUGAUGUUUUAUGGAUAGCGAUGGCAGGCACACAUCAGAUAUGGGCACUGAUGUUGGAAGGUGGAAAACUGCCAAAGGGAAGUGAUUUAAAGAAGGGAACCUGCCUUCGAUUUGCUGGGAGUGGAAAUGAAGAGAACAGAAACAACACCUACCCUCAUAAGGCAGGCUUUGCACAACCUUCAGGUCUCUCUCUGGCUUCGGAGGAACCAUGGAACUGCCUUUUCGUAGCGGACAGUGAGAGCAGCACCGUGCGAACAAUCUCUCUGAAAGACGGAGCAGUGAAGCACCUUGUAGGAGGAGAGAGAGAUCCAUUGAACUUGUUUGCCUUUGGUGAUGUGGAUGGAGCAGGCAUAAAUGCGAAGCUGCAACACCCCCUAGGAAUAACAUGGGACAAGAAAAGAAAACUGCUAUAUGUGGCAGAUUCCUAUAAUCAUAAGAUUAAGGUUGUAGAUCCCAAAACGAAGAACUGUGCUACGCUGGCAGGCACAGGAGAAGCAAGCAAUGUUAUUGGUUCCAGCUUUACACAGUCAACUUUUAAUGAACCGGGAGGUUUGUGUGUGGAAGAAAAUGGCCGCCUGAUGUAUGUUGCAGACACAAAUAAUCAUCAGAUUAAAGUGCUGGAUUUGGAAACAAAAAUUCUUUCAAUGUUGCCUAUCCUGAAUCCAGAAACGUGCGAUGUUCCAGAUCAUCUGCCUGUGCAAAAGGACAAAACAGCAAACCUUCCAAAACUGCCUAAAUCUGCACCAAACAUUCAACUUCAUUCGCUGACUGUAGCUCCUGGCCAGACAAUUCAGUUUUUAUUGAAGUUGACCCUCCCUCCAGAUUCAACACUGAAUGAAGAAGCACCCAAUUCCUGGUUUAUCACAGCAGAAGAUAAUACAUGGUUGCUUCAAGGACAGAGUCUGUCUGGAGAAAUUAAGGAUGUUUCCUGUCAAACUGUCAUUCCCUUUCAGUUACCAAGGAGCUGUCUAUCAGCUGAAGCUGUCCUGGCUAUCAAAGCGUGCCUCUACUAUUGCAGCAAAGAUAGCAGUGCCUGUAUGAUGAAAGGAAUCUCAUUCAGUCAGCCUUUACAGAUAACGAGUGAAAACCAAGCCAGCUUGACUCAAGUUGAACUAACAUACACGUUUUUAACUAACUAACCCAAAGCCAGCUAAUGUGGUGCUUUAUUUUGUUUUCCACUGUAGGAGAAAAUAUGGAUAGAUAACUCUUCUGCAUUGGCUGUUUUCCUGGAGCUUAUGACAAACCUAAGAAUUAAUAUUCUUGGUAAAAUACAGUAGAAUUCCUUACAGUUUAACAUGAAAAUUUAUAAUCACAACCUGAUUUCUUUUCAUUUUAGUAGAAACAAUGAUACUAUAAUAUUUCAGACUCCAUUGCCAAUCGUGAAUACAUUGGACGUAUGCCAUUCUAAGCAAUGAGCAAAAAUUUUUAGCGUCCUUUUGAAAGAGUUAGUAUUGCCUUGUGAUUAUACUGUAUCAAAUUAUUUGCACUAUGCAUACCAUUAGAAUAAUUAGAUAAUUUCAGACUAACAGUUACAGAUUCCUUUUGUGCCCUUAAAUUUUAAUAGAAUGUCAAACCUAAUAGUUUCUUUCUCCAGGCUGUAAAAGGAGCAUCUUGCUUAUUUUUCUGUAGUGGCAUUUAUGACACAUGUAUUUUCAAAAUACAUCCUAAACUAGGUGCAGCUCUAAUGUUACACAAACUGAUUGUUUUGUUUAACUAGAUAUGACUGCCUUAUAUGAAGAGCAUGGUUUCAUGGAAAAAUUUCUGUGAAAGGAAAUGUUUGAGUUCCUACAAAAAAAAAAUCAUACCGAUUUCUAACAAAGAAUGUGCCUCUCUAAUGUGUGUGUAUAUUUGUAAAGAAAAAGAAAACAUUGCAAUCUUUCUGAUAUAUACUGAUUUACAUUUUAUGUAAGUGUUAGAAAAUGGUUGAUAAUCUAAACUGUUAAAAUUAAAUGUCAACCAUUUCAAGCAGGUGAAUCACUUUCCUUUCCCACUUUUACAAUUUCUUUGUAAAACCCAGUCUGAAGACUUCUGUCUUGGAAACAUAGAAUAUUAAGAAUGAUACUACACUCCUAGUGUGAUUCAAAGUCCUUUGAAGUUGCUGUUUGUCCACCCAUUUGUUAUGGUGGCGUCUGAAUCAGAACCAUACAUUUAAUAAUAGAUGGUUGCAUUCGUGGCUAGAGGUUCUGAGCUUUUACUAGAAAAACUGGUGAUUCAAUCUUUGAGCAAAGUGCUUUGAUUUGAAGCUGUAUUCCCAAAACACAGCCUUUGGUGAUCAAAUGUUUUGUAAGUAAAAUUUGAUCAACUUGCUAUAGGAAGUAGCAGGAAUACGGGAGGGUGUGCAAUUUUCUAACUUGAAUUGGAAGGAUAUCCACAGCACUUAAGUGUAAUUGGAUUAGGUCCAGUGCUCUGAUUAUGAGGAUCAGUUCUGAGAAGAUGAAUUUGUUUUAAAUUUGAAUAUAGUAUUUUUACAUAUAGUAUGAUAUAUAGUAGUGAAAGAAUUUUUAUGUUGUCUUUUCUAAAGCAGUCACCAUUGUUCCUGACACCUAUCAGUAAAUCCCUGGUAUGAUUUGGUUUUGCUCUUUCCUAAUUGAAAACUGAUUGAAAUGUUGGCCAUGAACUCCAGAGGCUUUUGUUUUAAGGGACCAUAUGGAUUGGUGUGGUUUUUCCUUCUAUUGAAAUGCCAGCAUAUCUGUGAGUUCUGUACAGUAUCAGAAAUGGUACCUGUCAGCAAGGCAAGGCCUGAACUAUUAUUUCUUGUGUUUAUUUUUAAGCAACUUUUCUAAUUCAGUGUUUCGGUUCCUUUGAGUAAACCUCUCAAUUUCACAUGCCAUUUUGAAAAAGGAUAAAGCUUUGCUACUUUGUUCACAGAUUGCAAAUGCUGUUGAAAGGAUGAAGGUAAAGAAACCGAUUAAAGGGCAUUACUCACUUCUCACACUUUAUUACAAAUCUUUAAGAGUUUUUGUUUUUAUUUAACUUUGGUUGGUAGCCAGGAAACCUUAGAUAAGCUUCCAGCUAGCUCACAAUUUUUCUGUUGCUUACUCUAAAAAGAAAGCAUUAGUUUCAGAAGUUCAGAAUAACAAAUUAAAUUCUUAGAGUUAUCUUGAGUAUACAGCUUAGCAGAUAGAUUUUUUUCUUCCUCUCAUUUCCAACUAAAAUUAUAUUUGCCUGUUUUGAUUGGACAAUAUCAUCAAAUUCUACCUUGUAUUUUGGCUACAGAAAAAAGUAAGUCUCAACAAAUCUGUUAUCUUAAUAACACUUUUUAAUUAAAGUAUUGCUUUAAUUAAAGUAGGGAGAGGCCAUGUAUUCCUAACUUUAUUUAACUACAGUGUGUAGUGUUUAAAUAUAGUCUUGCAGACAUAUACAUACAUUUAUAUUGAAUAUAUGAACAAAUAUAUAAGGGUCACAUCCUUUUUGUUUUCAAGAUUCAACUUCUAGUUACUGUGUGUAAAUGCAUUCAGAACCUCUAGCUUAUUGGGAAGACGUGGUAGUAGAUAGUAGGAAAACUGUUGCAUAAGCAUCAAGCUGAAGUCCGGGAUCAGACUGUAAAGGACCUUUAAAUAUUUAGUUGUAUCCAUAUUUUAAAUAAUGAAAACCAUUUCUGCUUUACUAGUGGAGAGUAGGAAAAUGUGUUUGAACCAUUUUUUUUCUUUCUCUUAAGUCCAUGUCUUGCAGCAGUUGACUGAAUCCUAUAUAAACUGAGGGGUGUAUACUAACCAGGGGGUUUAAUGGUGAACUUGGCAGUGCUAAGUUGAACUUUGGACCAGAUGAUCGUAGACUCCUUUUCCAACAUAAGUGAUUCUGUGAUUCUAUUUCUGGAAUCUGUAAUGGCUUUAUCCUAAAAAAGAGACAGAAGAUGUGAGACCAUCUCAAAAACUUGACCUGAAAGAAAAGGUGAAUAUCCUCAAAUGCUUUCCCCCCUGCAUCCUAUAAGUCCUAAACCAUUCUAUGCAGUAACCCCUUCAGUUUACAAGGGAGAGCUUCUUACCCUGACUUGUCUUAGUGGGUUUCACACAAGGACGCUGCUGUAAUCAUUCUCCAUCUUCUUAGGUGUAGCUGAUUCUCAGCGUGCUCCAGUUUAUCCUGAUGAUGUUACUAGGGUUUUUCUGAUCCUCAGCCUUUGUGUUCACUAUGCCUGGCAUUUAUCACAUAGCUUAACUGUUUUGUUUGUCCAAGGAAUAGCACACACAUCACUGAGUCCCUCCUUAUGUUUCACUUGUGGCAUACAGACAUUUGAAUGUUCUAUAUUUAGAAUAACAUGCUUUUUCAAAGCUUAUGAUGUUUACUUUUAUUCUACAAAAGGGAUACUAUUUCCAUUGCUUUCUCCAGGGUUUACAAGAUGCUGUUACACUGAAGCAAGAAGUGCCAUAACUGUAACCAGACAGGCAAAAAGAAUAGCUUGUACAAGCUACAGAAGUUUCAGUUAAGUUACCAGAAACCAUCUUCAAAAUACAAUUCAGAAAAACAGAAAAUUUUACUGCUGUCUUUAAAUGCUGAAAAAUUAGAUGGCUGCUAUCUCUUUGUAUGGUAAUGUAGUUUAGAAUAUUUCCUGAUAUUAAAAAAAA